CAGUGUUAUUUGCCCAGAAACAUUGCUAAAAAGAUACAUGCUGAGCUCAGGUCAUAAAUAGCCUUACCACUUCCUCAGAGGCACAUUUUGCAAAAUGGAGCUCGUCAUCCUACUCUGUGCCGUGUCUCUGCUGCAUUCAUGUGAAGCACAAGAGCCCAGAGCUGAGACUCCUGUGUUUGUGAAGAAGGGAGAGGACGUGUUUCUGAAUGUCACAAUAGCUAAUGUUAAUGAUACAGAUUUAGUUUUCUGGAGAUUCAAUAAAACUGUUAAUUUAGUACGAUUUGAUGCUGCUGCAAAACCAACAAUCUUUAGUGGUUACUCUGGAAGGAUUGAGGUCCUUGAGAAAUACUCAGUGAAAUUGAAGAAUCUACAAGAGGCAGACAGUGAAGUUUAUACUGCAGUGCUGUCUGGGACAACAGAAAAACAAAUAACUGGAUACAAGAUCACAGUCCAAGAUCCAGUGUCUCCAGUUAUUCUGUCAGUGGACUCUGUGUCCAGCAGCUCAGUCUGGUGUAACCUGACAGUGAGCUGCAGAGCACAGGACUCUCACAUUAACAGCACCUUUAGAUGUGACACCCACACCUGCAGUCAGGAGGGAGGAGAGAGACCACAGGUCACACCCUCUGCUUCUGCUCUCCAUGUCUACCUGUCCAAUGACUCCAUCAUCUGUAACCAUAGCAACCAGGUCAGCUGGACAAAGGACAUGAAAACAAUUAAACUCUCUGCCAACAUGAUGGUAGAACUGAGAGACAAACCACAAACAGCUGAUAAUAAUGUACAGUGUGGUUAG